GCCUUGUGGUGUGACUGCGUGUUUGCCAGCGGAGCCGUUUCUAGUGCCCUCGGAGUUGGAUGGCCGGCGGAGAAAAGUCGUAUAACUGACCAACCGUUCGAUCUCCGGUGACGAGGGAAACACCAUUUGCGGCGAAAAUCCUUUACUUGCUUCUUUUUUCCCCUUUCCCAUCUGGCUUUAAACCAGCGGAGCAGAAUCUUCUGAAUCCUCCUUCACUUGUGUGUUAACAGUCCUCGACUCCUUUCGGUUCGUAAAUGCUCUCUGCUUCAUCUCUCUCUCUCUUAUUCUCACAUAUGCCGAGAUUAGUUUUCUGAAGCAGGACUACAGAGAGGAUAAUGGGGUGGAUCGGGGAAACUGUCGACUCCAUCAAAUCGCUUCAAAUUAGGCAUGUAGUCACGCAGGCCGUUAGCCUCGGGAUGAUAGUGACGUCUGCCCUAAUAAUUUGGAAGGGGCUAAUGUGUGUCACCGGUAGUGAGUCGCCUGUUGUCGUGGUUCUUUCUGGCAGUAUGGAGCCUGGGUUCAAGAGGGGAGACAUAUUGUUCCUGUACAUGAGUAAGGAUCCGAUUCGAGCUGGGGAAAUAGUUGUGUUCCAUGUUGACGGUCGUGAAAUUCCCAUUGUCCAUCGAGUAAUCAAGGUUCAUGAGCGCAACGAGACUCAUGAAGUGGAUGUACUAACAAAAGGAGAUAACAAUUUUGGAGAUGAUAGGCUUUUGUAUGCCCAUGGUCAGCUCUGGCUUCAGCAGCAUCACAUUAUGGGUAGAGCUGUUGGGUUUUUACCAUAUGUUGGAUGGGUAACAAUUAUCAUGACAGAGAAGCCAAUUAUCAAGUAUCUGCUCAUUGGAGCCCUAGGAUUGCUGGUUAUAACAUCUAAAGAGUAGAAGCGUUUCAGGUAGUUGAUGGUCAAUUCAAAUUUCAUUCUUCAAGAGAUAUGCACUAUUAAAAAUGUUCAGCAAUUUGUUUAAUGGCUUUAGGUCUUCAAUUGUGAUAUUUAGAAACCAAAAGCUCAUUUAGCCAUGCUCUGACGCUAAGAUGUCCUUCGAUGAAUCUAUACUUCUCGAGAGACAUAUUUUGCUCUUUUUAGGCACGUAGCCCAAUCUUUUGUAGCGCAUUGUAAUGUAACUGUAUUUUUUUACAAAGCUUGGUUGAACUGGCUGUCUCAGUUAAGGAAUUGGGUUGAAUUUCUUCUGGCUUC